AUGUCGUGCACAGCUCAACAUAGCAGUGCAUUAGCAGCUCUUCGUCUACUUAGAAGUUACAACCAUUUUCUAGUGCCUCCUGAUGUCCACGGAGUUGUUCCACUGUUAGCAUCUCUGCCGCAGACUCCCUGUCUACCGGCGUAUUGCCAGCAUCUGCCAGUUAGAACACCCCUUUUAUCGCCUACAAGUUUAUCUGACGUCGAAGUCAGAAGACGGGGAGAGAAGAGACCUAUACCUGCGGAACUCAAAGAUGAGAAAUACUUCGAAAGAAGACGACGCAACAACCAAGCCGCGAAGAAGUCGAGAGACGCUAGAAGAGUGAGAGAAGAUCAGAUAGCAUGGCGUGCUUGCUACCUAGAACAGGAAAAUGCAUCUUUACGAGCGCAUGUCGCCGCCCUCCGGCAGGAGGCGCUUGCGUUGCGUGCACUUCUUGCCCAAGACACACACGGCGCACCUACUUCUACCACGGCUGAUUAA